AUGUCGGCGAUGCAAGCGGCCAACAAACUCCGGACGGCCUUCACCAAGGGUGCCGGCCCCAGUUUCGGGUUGUGGCAGAUGAUUCCCGGCGCCAACGUCUCGCGGGUGCUUGCCCGGAGUCCCGGCGUCGAUUGGGUCUUGGUCGAUUGCGAGCAUGGGAACAUUGACGGUGAGUUUAAAUGCUGUAUCCGAGCAACCUCGACGCUGGAAUUCGAGGAUUAUGAUGAGAAAGCUGACUUGUUGGUGUCCCACUUCCCAGAUGGCGCCAUGCAUGAUGCCGUCCCUGCCAUUGCUGCUGCUGGUGUAUCUCCCAUUGUGAGGUUGCCGGAUAUGCAGAGUUGGAUGGUGAAGCGUGCUUUGGAUUGCGGAGCUCAUGGGAUCCUCGUGCCGCUGCUCCGGACCGCUCAGGAGGCAAAGGACCUGGUGCAGUCGGCCAAGUUCCCGCCGUGGGGACGACGUGGGUUCGGCUCGCCUCUCGCUAUGGAGCGCUUCAGCCCGGCCCCCAGCAUGACGGAGUACCUGCAGCAGGCCAACGACAGCCUGUUGACGAUUGUCCAGAUUGAGACCAGGGAGGCUCUCGAGUCCAUCGACGAGAUCGCGGCGGUGGAGGGUAUCGACGCGCUCUUCAUUGGUCCCUUUGAUCUUGGAAACAAUAUUGGCCACCCUGUGAUUAACGGCGUCAUCGAAAAGGAGCUGAGCGAUGCUAUUGAGCGCAUCCUGGAGGCGACGCACAAGGCGGGUAAGAAGGCUGGAAUCUUCUGCACGAGCGGCGAGCAGUCCAAGUUCUUCGCGGAUAAGGGAUUCGACAUGAUUAGCGUGGCGACGGAUUAUACGGCAUUGCAGUACACAGUAUCGGAGUCAUUGAGCAUAGCCAGGGGAGGGGCGAAGCCGGCCAAGGGUGGAUCGUACUGA